GGUGACUGAUCGAUAUUAAGCACUGUCACUCGGUUCGCCUCCCACCCGCCGCUCUCGCCGCCUGGAAUGCCGCGAAUGGGAAGGGCGCGGAGGGGGGAACAGCCGUCGAGGCUCUCGGCUCGGCGGAGAACCAGCACCUCGUCGGGCGCCUCCGGUCCCCCCGUUCCGAGCCAUGUCUGAGCCGGAGCGAUGGGUAAGAUCGACGACAACGACCGGAUAGUUCUCAACGUGGGGGGGACCAGGCACGAAACUUACAAACUGACGCUGAAGACCCUGCCCGGGACCAGGCUCGCGCUGCUCGCCGAGUCGGACGGGCAAAGCCUCGCCGACUACGAUGACCCCGACCCCGGGAGCCGCCAGUAUUUCUUCGACCGCCACCCGGGAGUCUUCGCCUAUGUGCUCAACUACUACCGCACGGGCAAACUGCACUGCCCGGCCGACGUGUGCGGGCCCCUCUUCGAGGAGGAGUUGGCCUUCUGGGGCAUCGACGAGACCGAUGUGGAGCCGUGCUGCUGGAUGACCUACAGGCAGCACCGCGACGCCGAGGAGGCGCUCGAUAUCUUUGAGUCGCCCGACCCCAACGGGGAGACCGGGGACGACGACGACGACGACCAUCACCAUCACCACCAGCACCACCACCACCACCACCGCGGGGACCUCGGCAAGCGGUUGGGCAUCGAGGACUGCAGCCCCGACCGCUCCGCCAAAGCCCGGCGCUGGAGGAGAUUGCAGCCCAGAAUGUGGGCGCUCUUCGAGGACCCGUACUCUUCCAGAGCCGCUCGGUUUAUCGCCUUCGCCUCACUGUUCUUCAUCCUGGUCUCCAUCACAACCUUCUGCCUUGAGACGCAUGAGGCAUUUAACACAAUUGUUAACAAAACGGAACUUGUACACACUGGGAAUUCAUCUAAAAUCGUCCACCAGUUAGAGAUGCAAACUGACCCAGCCCUGACAUACAUUGAAGGCGUCUGUGUGGUGUGGUUUACCAUUGAAUUUUUGGUCCGAGUCAUGUUCUGCCCUGACAAGCUUUUAUUUAUCAAAAACCUUCUGAAUAUAAUUGACUUUGUGGCAAUUUUGCCAUUUUAUCUGGAGGUGGGACUCAGUGCACUUUCCUCUAAGGCUGCAAAAGAUGUUCUGGGCUUCCUCAGGGUUGUUAGAUUUGUCAGAAUUCUGCGAAUCUUCAAGCUAACCCGUCACUUUGUGGGACUCCGAGUGCUUGGACAUACUCUUCGUGCUAGCACGAAUGAAUUUUUACUCUUAAUUAUUUUCUUAGCUCUAGGCGUGUUAAUAUUUGCUACUAUGAUUUAUUACGCGGAGCGAAUAGGAGCCAAUCCAAAUGAUCCAACGGCCAGCCACCACACCCAGUUCAAAAAUAUCCCCAUUGGAUUCUGGUGGGCAGUCGUGACUAUGACGACACUGGGAUAUGGCGACAUGUAUCCUCAGACCUGGUCAGGCAUGUUAGUAGGAGCACUCUGUGCUCUUGCUGGUGUGCUUACUAUAGCAAUGCCUGUACCUGUUAUUGUCAAUAAUUUUGGAAUGUACUACUCACUGGCCAUGGCAAAGCAGAAACUUCCGAGAAAGAGAAAGAAGCACAUCUCUAAUGCUCCUCAAGCCGGGUCUCCAACAUAUUGUAAAACGGACAUGAAUACACCUUGCAACAGCACUCAGAGUGACGUCUGCCAUUAUGGGAAAGAUAAACUGGAGCGUAACAGAUCAGUGUUGUCAGGUGAAGACAGUGCAGGAAGUGACCAGCCACUAUCCCCCGAAGAAAGGCUACCAAUCAGACGUUCUAGCGCCAGGGACAAAAGCAGAAGAGGGGGAACGUGUUUCUUGCUGACUACAGGUGACUAUGCGUGCACUACCGAUGGAGGGAUCAGGAAAGAUAACUGCAAAGAUGUUGUCUUUACUGGUUUCACGCAAGCAGAGACAAGCACUCAUUCUUAAUGGCUACAGGAAGGCACAAACCUGAAAAGAGGUAACAUAUCCAUCAUCUGGGGUAACAUUUCAAUCCAACAAGAAGUGGUGGUUGAGCUGGUUUAAAAAAUAACCAUACCAGACAUCCCUAUUCAUGUCUAAAUUAUUGACAUAUAUGUAUGUACCUGUUAUCUAGAUGAGUUACUAUGUGUAUAUAGUUCUAUUCCUAUAAGCAUGAUCUGCAUGAUAAAUCCUUGUAAAAUAUGUAUCAAUGGAAAUAUACAUUUCUGAUAUUUAGAGAUGUACAUUGUUCAAUUUUGUUAACCUCAUCGACAAAGAUAUUUAUUUUAAAGAUUUCGGCAAUGGAUUUAAUAUAAUAUCGGUGCUGCUUGCACUGACCGAGGGGGUUAUCAAGGAGUUUAGAUUUUUGAAAAGAAAAGGGAUUUUAGCCAUAAUGAGAACUUUUCUAGAAAAUGAUGCAAGAUUGUAGAGGUGAAACUUUGUUUUAAAGAUUAAACUGUGAGGAAUUGAGUUGAAUUGUUCAUGAAGUAAAUAAGUGGGGAAAUGGAUGAGCUAACUUUAAAUAAUGUGUAAAGGGGAUAUGGGGUGUUGUUGACUUUGUACUGAGGCAGGAUAUAGUUAUGCUGAAAUUGGUCAUUACUGAAACUGUAUAAAACAUGUAUAUCAUUGAUAAUAACAAUGUUUUUUUCUGUAUUACUCCUGUUCCCUGCAAUAAGUCUACACUUAGUGCUAUAGACGUGAAAAAGAACGCAAUUACAGGAGACACUGCUGGAAUAAUAUUUAAGAAAAUCAUUUGGCAUUUAAUCAUACCCAUCUUGAAUUAUUUUCUGCUAUUUUUGUGAAGUCGU